GAGUAAAAAUAGUGGCAGUAACUAAAAACUACGUGAAGUUCAGAAGGGACACAGGGAGUCUGGUUGGUGUGGGUCGGGGUCCUUCUCGUCGGGCUGUAAUGUGUGUGACUGCCUGCAGGUGGAGUCUGGAGCCUGUUGGACCUUCAGAUGGGAGGAGAUUUUGGGGCUUUGUUGUUAUAGUAAAGGCUCAGCCACGGUCAGCAGUUUGUCGUCGCCGGGUCACGUUUUUCCGUUCAGUGGUGUUGGGCUGAAAGUAGCGGGUCUCGUUUAGGGAGAGAAACAAAGAGGAUACGACGCGUUAAAAGAAGCUUUUUAGGAGACGUAAGAUUACUUUAACUGUCUCAUCUGUUCUGCAUCAGUUGGAUGAGUGUUGUUGGUAAGAUUUACAAAAUGACGGAAUGGUUUAGUUUUCUGGCAUCUUGUUACACAAACAAAAACAAAACAAAACAAAACCAAAAAGAUGAAUUCUGAGUUGAAUUAGCGUGAAGGUGAAACAGCUGCAACAUUCCAGCUCGUCAGUUUGGGACGUUCAUGUGCGCACACUGUGCUGCCUUAAAGGACCGAACAGUGUUUACGCAGGGUUAGCAACAGGCCCACUUUCCAAAUUGUACGUACCACCAGUUAGAUCGAGUUUAACUGCCUCUUCGGAUCCGCUCUGUUUUAGACACGAAAAUCAGAUCUGUGGCAGCUUAAGCUCACACUUUGGAAUCUACCUCACAGCAGCAACACAUGGUGGAGAUGUAAACAAAGACAACACAGCUGAAGAUCCAGUAAUGGUCUGCUGUAGAAAGCAGAGGAUGAGACUACAGGUAGCAUCUCUACCCCCCCUGACCAGUCUGUGAGAUUCCAGGUGGACAUCAAACCUUGUGCUCACCAUCUGACCUUAUAUGUAACUGAGGUCACGCCUCCUUACCUCUGCUGUAAUGGAGAAACACAGCCUACUGUCCUUCACUGUGACCUUGUUGGGUUUUCUGAACCCAUGUCUGACAAGACUGACCCCCAGAGUCUCCUUUCCUAUAGGUAGUCCUGGAAGAAAUCUCAUCCGCUUCAGUAACCACAAUGUCAGAAACACCACCACACUGCUGCUCAGUCAAGAUGGAGACAUGCUGUAUGUUGGAGCCCGGGAUUCUGUGUUAGCUCUGGAUGUUAGACACGACGACAUCAUACUGAAGAGCAAGUUGGACUGGAGCCCUCCAGACAAAGACCUCGAACAGUGUUCCAUGAAGGGCAAGAAAAUGGCCGACUGUCCCAAUUUCAUUCGUGUACUGCAGUUCUUGAACACCACACACCUCUAUGCAUGUGGAACAUUCGCUUUCAGUCCACGCUGCAUCUACAUUGACUCAGAAACAUUAACAAUGAGCCUCAAGCCUGAUGAAGGAAGAGGUCGCUGCCCCUAUGACCCCUAUCAACGCAACACUGCUAUCAUUGUAGAUGGAGAGCUUUAUACAGGAACUGUAGCAGACUACAGAGGAAACCGGCCAGUCAUCUCCCGGUAUCUCAGUGAGGGCAGUCGUGUUGACCUGAAGUUGGAUGACACAUUAGGAUGGCUGGAAGAUCCAACCUUCAUCAGCUCUACUUUCCUUCCGGAUGAGGGGAAAAUCUACUUCUUCUUCAGUGAAGUGGGCAGAGAGUAUGACUUCAUAGACAAAUUUAUUGUCUCACGCAUUUCCCAGAUCUGCACGAGUGAUGUUGGAGGUCAGCGGACCCUGCAGCGACGCUGGACCACGUUUGCCAAAGCUCAGCUGUUGUGCCAGGCUGACAACGAGUUGCCCUACAAUGUGAUCCAGGACAUAGACACCCUCCUUCCAGCAGAUGGAGCCCCUGAAGAUGACACACUCUUUUAUGGCAUCUUCACCUCCCAGUGGUCUGUCAACUCUGGACGAUCAGCAGUGUGUUCAUUUCGCCUGACUGACAUCAAGUCGGUUUUUACUGGUAACUACAAAGUCCUGAACCGGGACACAUUGCAGUGGAGAGCAUGGGUUCAAGAGAAGGUUGCAAAUCCAGGAGAGUGUGGCCUACACAAUGCGUCAGACAACGUCCUGCGCUUUGUCAAAGAAAACUUUCUGGCAGAUGAAAGUGUGCGGCCAGUUGGAAGAAGUCUAACCAUGGUGUCUGCUGAGCACAACUACACCCAUCUGGCUGUCCAGAGAGUCCAGGCUGCCAACAGCAGACACUACACUGUCCUGUUUUUGCUUACCGAGUCUGGUUAUUUACACAAAGCAGUAUUGCUACAGAAUGGGGCCCACAUCAUUGAGGAGGUUCAGGUUUUUGAGCAGCCUCAGCCUAUCAAGAGCCUGAAGCUCUCCAUUCCCAAGGCUGUGAUAUAUGUUGGCACAUCAGAGGGUGUGGUGAAGGUUCCAACAGCAAACUGCUCUUUCUAUUGGACCUGUGCUCAGUGUGUUCUAGCCCGAGACCCCUUCUGUCAUUGGGACCCAGUCAGCAGGACCUGUGUGAUAGUCUCUAAAAUCCCCACAACUCUAGGCCAGGACAUAGAUGGGGGGAAUGUUGAGGAGGCCUGCAACAGUGUUUCUUUAACACGUAAAACCAGAUUUGGUCCAAACAAUCUGCCUGCAGUGUAGAUACAUACUGAAGACACCAAAACCAUGAAGCAAAAUAUAUGAACUUAUGCAGAAGACUUUUUUAGAAUUCCUUUAUUGUCAUUGUACCAGUGCAACGAAAUUUUAAAAAGUGCAAUCCUUAAGGUACAUAGGUACCAAGCAUCGUAAUAAAUAAGUAAAAACAAAUAAAAAAGCUAACAUAAGAAAUGCACCACACUACAUUCAUACCACAAGUCAUAUCAUAUAACACUGUGUUCCUGUUAUUGCACAAUUCCCUAUCAGUAUGUGUGUGUGUCUAGUUUUUGUCUGUUGAGUGCAAUUAUGGCCCUGGCAUAGAAACUGUUUUGCAUCCUUCUUGUUCUUGCUUUUAUUGUCCUGAAACAAAUGCCGGAGAGCAACAGUUCGAAGCGAGAGUGAGCUGGGUGAGAUGGGUCCUUCAGUAUUUUGCGUGCCUUCCUGAGACAGCGGGAACUGUACAGAUCUUCCAGAGAGGGCAGAGGGCAGCCGAUGAUCUUCCCGGCUGUGGUGACGAUCGUCUGGAGCGCUUUCUUGUCUCCAGCCAUGCAGCUAGAGCACCAUGCACACAUACAAUAUGUCAAUAUGCUCUCUAUGGAGCAGCGGUAAAAAGACACUAACAGUUUUUGAUUGAGGUGGUUGUUCCUCAGUGUCCUUAGGAAAUACAGUCUCUGCUGUGCUUUCUUAAUGACCGCAGUAGUGUGUGCGCCCUAGGUCAGGUGCUCCUCUAUGUGGACUCCCAGGAAUUUAAAGUUUGACACCCUCUUCACGCAGCUUCCACUGAUGAACAGUGCAGCUUAGUUAGCUUCCCUCUCUGUUAGCUUCAUUCUCUGUUAGCUUCAUUAGCUUCUCUCUCUGUUAGCUUCAUUAGCUUCCCUCUGUUUUAGCUUAGUUAGCUUCCCUCUCUGUUAGCUUCAUUCUCUGUUAGCUUCAUUAGCUUCCCUAUCUGUUAGCUUCAUUAGCUUCCAUAUCCGUUAGCUUCAUUCGCUUCCCUCCUUUUACAAUCAUUUAACUUCACUGGAGCGUUGUAUGAUUGUGAUGGAUUAUCGGAUAGUAAACCUCAGAAGCCAAGACUGCAGCUGCACCAGUCGUCCUUUUUCAUAAACAUACAAGUACCUGUGAUUUGAAGAGACUUGUCUUGUCAUGUAGUUUCAAGUCAUUUGUUUGGGAAUUAUCGCAAUAGAUCAUCAGGAGAAUAUCAGCAUAAUAAAAUCAUGACCAAAUACAUAGAUCUGUUGGGAUAGUGGGACAUUUCUGCUUCAGAGUUUACCUUCUGAUAUCUCUACUAAUCAGUCAAUCAAUUCAGUAAGUAGAAUAGGGGUCUAAAAAUGACAAAUUAGACCUUAUUACUUGUGUGGAGACAUGGGGUUAGGUAUAGAGAUAACAGAUAUCAGCUGCGACAAUGCCACCUGGGAGUUACACCCAGGAAAUCCUGCCUAAGGUAUGUUUUUAUUAGUUCUUGGUCACUGAACAAGGUCACACAGGUUCAAUUACCACAGGGCGAGACAGUUCCCAAUUAAAACAAUUUUUGAAAUACAAGUUAAUAAAACAUGCUUAAACGCUAAACAAGUUGGUGUGGACUAAAUGAAAAUUUACAUAAUUACAAAAAAAAGAGAAACAGUUAAACUAGUCAAUUCAAUACGUAAAACCAAAUAGACUUACCGAAAAAGAUAACUAAAUUAACACAAUAAAUGAAAGCAAAAAUACCAAAACAAAAUUACUAAAUUAAUUUCUAAGUAACAAAAUCAAAGAAAACAAAUUAAUGGAUAAUGGCUUAAACCAUUUGACCCUUGUCACUAGAUGUAGUUAAUCAGCCAGGUCCCAGUACAGCCUGUGACACAACCAGGCCCCUGCAACAGAGCUGCAAUCAGCCCUACUGAACAAAGGCGGAGUCCUCUCCAUGUCGACCAAAACAGGACCGAAAAGCACUGAAACAAAAUGGAAGGAAAAUAAAAGAAAACCAAAACCAUACAAAAUGGAAGGAAAACAAAAGAAAACCAAAACCAUACAAAAGAAAAGAACCAAAAAAGACAAAACAGCAGCACCGCACAGGGAGUGGUCGUAUGCAGCAGGCCAGAUGGUUACACCAGGCUGCAGGUGCAGCAACGACAGGUGACCAGAGGAUGUGAGCCUCAGAGAUGCAUCUCAAACACAGGCAGGACUCCAGCAGAUCACUUCAUCUCCCUCUGGCCCCAGCAGUCGGCCACGAUGUCAAGAAGAUAGCGCGCCUCGACGGCGAUCACAAACGCUAGGCUAGUCACACCAAACAAGAAAGACUGCUGUGCCCAACAAUGCUGCCAUGCUGAGCCAUGGCCACCACAGGAGCAAGCGAGGAGUGAAAGAGAGGAAGAGCCACUGCCGCAUACCUGGAUAUAAGCAACCAGAGCGAGGACCAGGCCUCUUCCUAGACACAGACUUCGACAGUGAAUUGGGCCAGUGUCGUGGAAGCUGAGGAUGAGGUCAAGGAGCAGCUUAUGCUAAGAGAGGCUGAAGUCUCACAACUCAAACUGGAGAAUGAGGGUCUCUCAAAUCAAAAACCUUCAAACAGAACCAGACCAAGAAGAAAAGGAGGCCUUGAAAAAGCAAGUGAAACUCUUGGAGGACAAGAAUACAAGUCUGCAGGAAGACAACAACAAACUGCAAGAGGACAAACAAGCAAUGGUGGAAAAGAAGAAGAACUGGAGGAUAAGAUCCAACUGAUUGAGCACAACAACAUCCCUCUCAAGGAGCUCAUCAGCCAAUUGAAGGAAUACAUUAAAACGCUCCCAACAGAAAAGACACUGCUGGAGGACCAGAGUAACCAGAGAUUCCUCCAGAUCAGCCAUCUGGAGAAAAAGCUUUUGAAAGAAUCUUGCAUCAAUGAAGAGACGAUGAAGAGCAUGGAGUUCCUGGGAGAACAGGUCGCCAUCAGAGACCAGGAAGUCUGUCGGAUCACUGGCAUCAAUGACAGUCUAUCAGUGACACUCUUCAAAGCUGAGGAGCUGCUGCUGGAAGCCAGCAGUGAAAUCGAGGAGAAAGAACAAACCUGGAAGAAUAAGCAUCAAACUUCAGAGCAGCUCAGAAAAGAUGUUGCUCGGAAAGAAAAAGAAAAUCAAGAAAUGCUCAAGAAACAAAAAGAGACAGAUGACCUGCAGGAAAAAAUCAGACAAUUGGAAGAAAAUAAUCAGGAACUGCAGGAGCUUUGCCUCCAAAAGAAAAACAAAAAGAGACUCUAAGUUUUUCAAGAGGACCAAAGAUAGAAAGACCAACAGAAAACAGAUCGAAGAGAGAGAAGAACAACAGGAGCAAGAAAAGAGGAUGAAGAAUAAGAAGAAGAGCUUCUGGAGCUGGUUUAAGAGGAGUGACAGGAAGGUGGAGGAGGCUGCUGGUAGUUCAGCGUAGCUGGACGGCAGCAGCUCCCUCUGCCUCCCUCUGCCUUCCUCUAUCUUCUCACCCCUUAUUCCUCCUCACCUCUAGAACCUCUCUCACCCUCAUCCUCUCUGUUUCUUCCCUUUCCUUCCAUCUUUUCUUUUCCCUCAACAAUAUUAUUGACCUUCUCAAUUACCCCACAUCAGCAACAUCAGCCUUUAAAAGCUCAUACUGCUUAAUCUCUACUUCUAUCACCCCCCACUACCCCUACACUCUUUCUGUUCCCCCUUUCCUUCACUAGCUAUUCAGCUAUUGCCCCUCCUAAAAAAAUAAACUCAAAAUACAAAAAACUAUCAUAUUUCUGCAUAUGUGUGUAUUAGAUCUGAAGACUUCAUGUCUCAUUUCAGGGUUUUCAGGUUUUUGAAGAUUCCUAAAAGGAGCUGAAUUUGAAUUAUUUUCAGGUGAUGCAGCUUAUAAGAGACAUUUUUGAAAUUAUUAUUUUAUCUUAAAUAAUACAGUUUUAAAUAUUUUGAAUAGGAAUUUUUGACAGUUCAUUGCUUUUAUGAGAUUUCACAGAUAAUCAGAUUUUUUAUUUUUCAUAAUGUUGAAUUUGUUUUGGAGUGUUUUAUGCUGUGAUAAGUCCUGGUGUUUCAUUAACUAUGAUGAAUAUUCUGGACUUUUAUAGUACUUUGCGCAAAAUUAUUUGGUAUACAUAUACUAAGAAAACAUAUGCUACAUAGGUAUUUUUAUACUCGCAUAAAAUCUGUGCAAUAUAGAUAAUUUGUGCUAUAUUAAUACUUACAUCAAUAUUUCCAUUUAUGAAAUAAUCUGUGCAAUACCACUGGCUUAUGCAAUAAUGUUGUUUCUAUAAUCACUACUUGCGUAUAUCUUAUUUGGUUUAUUUUUUUUUUAUUUUUGUACUACAUUUCCAAUAUGUUUGCACUAUCUUUUCUGCUGGAACCAUGCAAAUGUUCCCACUGCUGGAUUAAUAACGGCUUAUUUUAUCUCAUAAGACAUUUACUCCACAUAUUUGCACUGAAUCUUGAAAGUCUUAGUGAGUAGUGUUGUGUCUGACUGAACUGAGUCUUUGGUUUAAAAAGACUCACAGUGAGAAAACAAUCUGCAGCACUGAGACUAAGACCAGCACAACUGUUUUUAUGUUUCAGCUGUUUAAGCAGCACAGAGUCCAGAUAAUAAAUGAAAACAACACUCAAGUCAGAGUUUAGAAUACACGAACAACUCUGCAAACAAAUUCAGCGAAAAGGUUUGAUGUUGCAAACUGCAUGUCAGAGUCCCACUUCACUCCCAUUACUUCUGUUAUUGGUAUUUAUUCAUUUUAAUACCUGCCAUCCUGACAGAGUUAAACACAAGUGAACUGGACUGUGAGCCUGUUGCAGUCAAAUGAAGAUCACACCUAAGUAUGAAGCACGUUUUUAAUUUUGAACAUUUACAUCGCCUGAAGACAUUAGUGUGUUCCUUGUUCUCACACUUAAACACAAAGAAACUUGCCUCCCAGCACUUACUUGGAAAGUAUGACAGCAUGCUGUCUGAUGUUACUGUCUUACUGUCAGUCACUCUGCACCUCUGGCAUUCAAAAACCACUGUACAGAAAUACACAGACACACAAACACAACCCUAUUGACUUGCUGUGUAUAAAUGGAAAUCAGACACCAAUUCCACUCAUAUUUGGUCGUUACUGAUGAUAAUUUCUGUAAAUUAAAUGUUGAACACAAUUAGGACAGUCUAUGUGUAGUGAAAUUAAUAAAUGAGCAUAUCCAUUGCAGCCUACCCCUGCUUGUUUUAACAGAUUCUAACCUCAAAUUGGGUUGAAGGAAGGUUUAUGCAUUUUUUUUAAUGUAAAUGAAGACUUUGUGAACGAUGUGCCAAGUAUGUGAUGACAUUUAGUUUCCUUGCAGCCUUUGGCUUUAAUAUUGUGCUUCAUGCAUUGUUGUAAAAAAUUUCCUUCAUGCAUUUUCUUUUGGGGUAGUACAGUCUUUUGGAGAUUUAGAUUGCUGUUAACAUGAUAACCCAUUAAACUGUUUACAAGGUUA